GAGAAAAGUGCGGCGGCGUAAAAAGUUAACGUGAAAUCAAAACACGUAAAGGGGGUUUGGUAGAAAAGUCCCAACCAAACGCUUUCAGCCUGCGUCAACAAACACUCGACAGUGUGCACUCAACCGCUUGCUUCCUGUCUGUUUCUAGUUCGCGUCCUGAGAUGAAGUUUGAGCUACCUGAGACCUGGGACGAUUCUUCUUCUUGCUCCUCGGGCAGCUCGCCGCGCACUCCCGGAGAUAUAGAUACCCCAUCAACGCCUGCGUAUCCGACUGACUUUGAUGCGCAGUCUGUACCUGUAUUUAUACCCACACAGUCAAGAGCACCGCCGAGCGAGAUAUUAGGGGACAUUACGGUUAUGACCACCGAUGCGGACUACGUGUUGACCGGAUUCGAAACCUUUCGCCCAAAGUACGGACCUGGUAAAGUCUAUGUGGCGCCUGCAUUGAACGAACGCAGCGACGACUCGUUCGUUGAAGGAUCGUUGUGCUUUGUCGCAUCCGACAAGCUGUCGCGGCUAGAUUCCUGGGAGGACGAGGGACGCACGAAUUCGCGCAUGCCAUGUCUUGUCAGUAACAAACUUGGCGACGAACUGAUACUUGCAAAUGUCUAUAUCUGGAAUGGAAAUUCACUGCUGGGAGAGUUCCAGUACAGUUGAAUAUUGCUUUUUAUUGUUUCAGGCGUUACUCUAAGGUGUUUGCUGUGGUCUAAGAGCCAGAGGUCUGUCUCUGUGUCGUGUAUUAUAUGCUUAGCGAGAAUACAGGAUGCGGCCUGCUCGCUGGGCAGGUGGUUGUGCUGGCUUUUCUGUCAUUUCCUGGACAGUUUCUGAUCUCUAUAUAAUGUAUACUUACUCUUCUUCGCUAUAAAUUGAAUUCAUCUCAAAAGUGCAUCCAAUGUAGUCCUCAGUAUGUUCGAGUAGUGCUUGCUUGAUCCAAUCACGUGAUCUGAAUUAAGCUUUGAAGUGUGUGUGACAUCACUGUGCCAGUGCAAGUUCCUACAAG